CGGAGGAGGGAGGGCGUCGCCGGCGGCGGAGACGACAGCACGCCGGCGAAGGAGCAGCAGCAGCAGCGGACGCGGUGGCGGCAACGCCGGCGCGGGGACAGCUUGGCCGCCGGGCGCCCAGCAGCGCUCACCAGCAGCUGGCCAUGCGGCGAAGUACGUAGGCUGCUGCUGGUGCCAUGGGCGAAACCCCGUCGAGGACCACAAGCGUGCCGCCGCCUCCGGCCGCUGCGGGCGGCGGGCCGGCAUGGCGGCUCCGGCUGUCGGCGCUCAUCGUGGCGCUGCUCAGCUGGCGCACGCCGAGCUGCGCGGCCAACGCGGACACCAAGCGCCUCUACCACGACCUCAUCAACGGUUACAGCUCGCUCAUCAGGCCCGUGGGCAACAACUCGGACCGGCUCACGGUCAAGAUGGGCCUCCGCCUGUCGCAGCUCAUCGACGUGAAUCUCAAGAAUCAGAUAAUGACAACAAACGUAUGGGUGGAGCAGGAGUGGAAUGACUACAAGCUCCGCUGGGACCCGGAAGAGUAUGGCGGAGUGACGAAAGUCCACGUACCGGCUGAACAAAUAUGGCUGCCGGACAUUGUUCUUUACAAUAAUGCCGAUGGCAACUACGAGGUCACCAUCAUGACCAAAGCAAUUCUCCAUUCGGACGGCCUCGUCAUCUGGAAACCACCCGCAAUCUACAAGAGUUCCUGCGAGAUAGACGUGCAAUAUUUUCCAUUUGACCAGCAGACCUGCUUCAUGAAGUUUGGAUCCUGGACCUACGACGGAUACACGGUCGACCUGAAGCACAAACACCAGCGCGACGAUUCCAACGACAUCGCGGUGGGCAUCGACCUGUCCGAGUUCUACCUGAGCGUCGAGUGGGACAUCAUGGCGGUGCCCGCGCGGCGCAAGGAGAAGUUCUACUCGUGCUGCGAGGAGCCCUUUCCGGACAUCACCUUCAACAUCACGCUGCGGCGCAAAACCCUGUUCUACACCGUCAACCUGAUCAUCCCCUGCGUGGCCAUCUCUUUCCUCUCCGUGCUCGUCUUCUACCUGCCCUCGGACUCCGGCGAGAAGGUCUCGCUCUCCAUCUCCAUCAUGCUCUCGCUGGGCGUCUUUUUCCUGCUCCUCUCCGAGAUCAUCCCGCCCACGUCGCUGGCCGUGCCCUUGCUCGGCAAGUACCUGCUCUUCACCAUGGUGCUCGUCUCCCUCUCCGUCUUCGUCACCAUCGCCGUGCUCAACGUCAACUUCCGCUCGCCGGCGACGCACAAGAUGGCGCCCUGGGUCAAGCACGUCUUCCUCAAGGUCCUGCCCCCCGUUCUCCUCAUGAAACGGCCCCAAGACGAUGAUGACGAUGACGAUGCCAGUGCCAUGGGCUUCGAUGCCACGCCGUCCGCCGACAACCGAGCUCCGCCGUCUCCUCCGCCGCCGCCGCCACCGCCACCACCGCCGCUACAGGAACUGACAUUAUGCGCGUACCACUCAGCCGAGCCGCCAGAGAGCGGCGGGGACGACGCCUCUCCGCGGGCGUUGCCUUCGCCUCCCGAUGGCGGCGCCGACCCUGGACCCCUGCUCGACCAGGACCUGGCCAGGCCCGUCUUCAACGUGCGCUUCAUCGCCCAGCACAUGGAGAACGCUGACCACUUCGACCAGGUCAUAGAAGACUGGCGUUACGUGGCCAUGGUCCUGGACCGACUGUUCCUGCUGCUGUUCACGUUCACGUGCGUCGUGGGCUCCGCCUGCAUCAUCCUCGAGGCGCCCUCGCUGUUCGACGACAAGCUCCCGAUUGACAUCCUCAUGUCCAAGGUGGCACCGCGUCUGCGGCGCAUCCACGACUGAGCCUGCCGAUAUCGGUCGGUCGAAGACGCUUCCUCCACCAGAAGCCCUUCCCGGCAUGCCCCCCUUGGCAACCUACGCUUCACGCUCGCUCUGCGAGUCGGACAUCGUCAGCCCAAUACAGAGGAGUGUGACACGAGUGACGGAAGAGAGUGCGCGACUGCUGUGACAGAGAGACUCGAGACUUUACUGUUUGUAGUGAGCAGAGAUGAAACGGGCCACAAAUGUGGCCGAAAAGGAAAAAAAAAUAAGGAAAGAAUACACUGGAGGUGUGGCGAUACACUUUAGAUAUUUUGUACGUUCGCCCGCUUCGUAACGCGAGCCCUAGACGAACAAACAAACAAAAAUAUUUUGCCGGGGAGGCUUUCUCCUCUCGUCUUUCGCUUUUCAUUUUUUCCGAGGGUUUCUAACGCUCUUUCAACGUGGAGUUAAGUAAAAUGGUUGCGCGGUUUACGAACAGCGCCGUCGUCCGCCUCGCGUCGUCUUCGUUUUCGCUUGCCACCUUCCCUUUCACGUCCUAUGCUCAACUGCUAAUGUCACUAACUUCCUCAUUUCCUCAUCUAUUCUCGUUUACUGAUUUCGUUUUUAAGUGCGCGAGUUGGCGGGUUGGUACCGACUUUUGAGUUGUCUUUCGUUCAUUGUGCUCAGCCCGAUGCUGCCUGUAGGUGCGAGUCUGGAAAGUGACACAUCCAUGUAUACCGUUUUUUUCCGUUGCCAUCUGUCAUGCAUUUCGAGACAAGCACGAUGCGUCUUAGAAUCUUCAGCCUGAAAAAACCUUUUAUCCUCCGAGUGAAAGUUGUCAGUGCUUGUAGCAAGCUUGAUGUGUGUUACUGUUGAUCGCCCCACGUUUGUGUUUAUGCCAAUACCCAUUGUUUUUAUUUUUGUUUUUUUCGUCAGCGGAGUCGCCUUGUUGUUACGCGUAGGAACGUGCGCCCGUGGGAGCCGAGAUUUCGCUGGACUCGCGCUGAGCGCAGGUCGCCGAUUUGACAGCACUUCUUUAUCGUAAUGAAAUGAACCGAAAUUAAAUGAAAAUCCCAAUUCAUCUAACGGAAAACUUUUUCCGCCGCCCAUACGGGAGUGCCAGUUGAAAUCCCUAUAGCAGGGAAAUCGAUGAACAUCGUAAAUCACGACAAGUAAGCAAUGAUUGAAACUAGUGAACGGGAAAACGUCACUCAAAUACGCCUUGCGCAGCACGUCAGGCGCAUUAGCUGGGAGCUUGUCGUUUGUUUAAAAUUUAAAAAACUGCAUGAUUAACAUAAAAGGAAAGAAAAUACUGUUCUCCGGGAGAUAAACACUCUCAGUGGGACCCAAAGGGACGGAUUGACAACUGUACAAGGCGAACGAAAAUAACAAAUAAUUAGUCAACCCAUACUUAACAAAUCACGAGCUAGCAAGCCCAGAGGGUACACUUCAGGUUACUUUAGGUCUCAUUAUUACGAUACGGCACCAGAAUAUAAGAUGACACUGAAUGACACACAAACACAACGAAUCCGAACCAACUGGCCCAAUUGUAAGUCCUACUUUAGGACUUCAAGCAGCUCAGGGGCAGCAUAUAGAAAUGUGAGCGUUGAUGUACCACUCGUUUGAAUAUUCUUAGCGUCUACACAACUUAACGUAACACCCGCUCCGGUGGUCUAGUGGUUAUGGUGCCCGACUACUGACCCGAAGGUCGCGGGAUCGAAUCCCGGCCGCAUUUCGGUGGAGGCGAUAUGCUAGGGGCCCGUGUACUUAGAUUUAAGUGCACGUCAAAGAACACAACGGGUGGUCAAAAUUUCCAGAGCCCUCCACUACGGCGUCCCUCAUAAUCAUAUCGUGGUUUUGGGACGUGAAACCCCAGCAAUUAUUAUGUUAGCAACCCAAUCAUAUCGAUGACGUGCACUGUCGAAUAGACCUGCAGCAGUAUCAACCGUGGCUUCAGUGGUGAGCGGCGGCUAUGCGCACGCGCACUGCUUGGAGCUGCGGCUGAGCAGCGUGUGACGCGCGAUUUCGGCGAGUUCUCCCCGCACUGUGGCGCCGGUGCGAAAAAACGUUCAGCCUGUGCUUAGCCCAGUGGAUUGUUGCGUCGUAGCAUUUCCGGGAUCAAGUUUUUGGCUUCCGGUUUUAAAUCUGUGUCGGCGAAUGUGAGCUCGUGGCAAAAAACGCAAGCCAGAGGUAGUUGUCUUUGGGAACUAUUUCUGUAGCGUUGUUUCCUAAUAAAGUGCGUUGCCGUGCUGC